AAAUAUCUGUGGAGAACCAACGGAUAUGAUCGAACAGAGACUUGACAAUUUUCUUCACUAAUUAAUGGCCGAAACAAACCCCUAAAAAUGAAGCUGAAGUGGAUUUUCACGGGCAAAUGAGUGACACCGAAGUGAAGGGAUAAAUUUUUCAUAAAAAAAAAAGAAGAGAUUGUGCAAGGAUCAAAGAUUCUACUUGAUAUCCCACCGUUUAAUUAAUCACCAUGGAUUACUUACACCGAAUUAUUAUUCUGCUGCUGUCUGGCGUUGCUGGAGGGGUAUCCUUAACAUCUGCCCUCCACUUCAAAGUGGAACCCGAAGAUACAGCAGUCGAAGAGGGUGGCCCUGCGCGUUUAGACUGUUCCGCUUCAAGUGCCUUCGGUCCGGUGACGAUUCAAUGGAGGAGUGAGGAUGGUCAGCCCAUAAAUUUUAUUGGAGAUGGUUAUCGGUCGCAACUGGCGAACGGUUCUCUUGACAUAACGAGUGUCUCAAACAAUGCCGAUACAACGGGGAAGUACCAGUGUCUGGCGUCGGUUGAUAAUAUCGGGGCGAUAGUGUCAAGAGUUGCGGAAAUCAAGGUCGCGACACUUCCAGAAUUUCGGGAAGAGCCACACGACACUAUGUUGUACCUGGGGCAAAUAGCUUAUCUCGCGUGUGCGCUGCCAGUGGAAAAGGGUCGGGUCAGGGUCCAGUGGUUGAAGGACGAGCAUCCUCUGAUCAUUGACGACAGCAGGAUGACCUUGAUGCCAUCCGGGGCGUUGGAAAUUGACGACGUGCGGACCCAGGACGUGGGGUCCUACAGAUGCAACGUCAGCGGUUACGGCCAGUCCCGUCUCAGCGGUAAAGCCCAGCUCUCCCUCUUGACCAGCGAUCUGGAUCAGGCCCCAACGGCCCCAAUAUUCGUCGCCAAGCCCCAGCAACAAGUGGCUGUCGAGGGUUCCACCAUUACUCUAGAGUGCGCUGCUAACGGUUACCCCAAGCCAUCGAUCCUCUGGCUGAAGGAUGGUGUCAUCGUCGACCUGGCAACCCUAGACUCUCGAUACCGCGAAGUCGCUGCCUCCAGCCUCAUGAUCACUGAUGUCAUGGAGGAGGACAAUGGCUCAUACCAGUGCAGAGCUGAAAACCGAGUCGAGACACUCGAUGCUGUGGCUGAGCUCAUAGUUCAAGUACCACCCAGAUUCGUUAAACGGCCGGAGGACAAGGUGGCGAACAAGAAUCAGGAUCUGGAGUUUGAGUGUGAAAUAUAUGGAAAACCGGAGCCCAGGGUCACCUGGCUGAAGAACGGGGAGAUUAUCACUCUGAGCGAGUACUGGCAGAUUGUUAAUAGCAACAACUUGCGGAUCAAUGGACUCCUGGCCAUCGACGCUGGUAUCUUCCAGUGCGUCGGUGUCAAUCCUGCAGGAAGUAUCCAGGCCGCAGCCAGGCUAACCAUCAACAUGCCGAAAAAAAAUCCCCCAAAGACGACAACGCCAAAGUCACCGAUGAAGAAAAAGAAAUUAUCGCAUCGGUUGUACAAUAACACUUGGCAGCAUCCUAGUACCCUCCUGGGUCACACGUUGUCAGCGUUCACCCCAAAUCCACCGUCCAUGACUCCCCAGGACGAUCCAUCCGAUUUACAGCGUGAAAUUGACGAUCCCAAUUCCCUGUACGACCCUGCCUCCCAUUUUCUAGAUGACUCAGAUGAUCCAGAAGCCGCUGACGGUGGCGUGCCAUCAGCUCCGCGAAACCUCAGUGUCGUAAUCGUAAAGACGAGAUUUGUGACACUGAGGUGGGAGAGUCCGGCGAAUCCAAAUGGCGAUGCCCUGACGUAUAAUGUUUACUACAAACAGGACGACUCACAAAGGGAACGAGUUCAGAACACGGCUCCAGGUCAACUGGACGCUGUGGUCAGGAGUCUUCAGCCUGGUGUUACCUACGAGUUUCGAGUGGUCGCCCACAAUCUACGAGGAGCGGGUGCCUCCUCGGAGACCCUUCGGGUGACCACUCACUCCGAGGCGGACGUCCCAGGUCCUCCUUUAAAUCUCGAGGGCUUUGCGACAAGCUCCACCAGCAUCAAACUCGUCUGGAUGGAACCCAAGGUUAUCAAUGGUCGCAUCUCCAAGUAUGUCAUAACGUAUAUGGAGGGCGAGGGACAGGGUGAAAGGACUCGGGAGACUACGAGCAUCACUCACGAGCUCAUCAACUUGGUACCGUACACUGAGUACAGUAUCUGGGUUCAUGCGGUCAACGAAAACGGGCCUGGGGCAUCAACGGGCGAAAUUUCAAUGAGAACUUACAGUGCACCACCCACUCAGCCACCUCACAACGUUACUCUGGAGGCAGCGAGCUCAUCCAGCAUCAUCAUCAGGUGGGAGCCACCCCUCGAGGGACGAAAUGGCAUCAUCACUGGGUACAAGAUUCAGCACAAAAGGCUAGAAAAGAGAUACCAUUCCAUCACAAUCACCACCGAAGGUAACACUCGUCUGCACGUUCUCACUGGUCUGAUGCGUCGGGCCGUAUAUCAUAUUCGCAUGUGUGCAUUAAAUGUCAACGGUACGGGCCCCUGGACCGAGUGGCUGCCAGUGGAGACGUACGAGAAUGAUCUCGAUGAGUCUGUGGUACCCUCGGCCCCCAGCGAUCUCAGGUCGAAGGCCAUGGCCGAUUCUAUAUCGCUCCUGUGGAGUCCUCCGAAGGACGACGGCAUUAAGGUACGUGGGUACAUCGUCGGCUGGGGAAAGGGCUUUCCCGAUGUUUACACCCAACCCCUCGACGGCAAGCAGCGGUUCUUCUCGCUUGAGAAUUUGGAACCUUUAUCUGAAUACGUGAUAUCGCUGAGGGCGACCAAUGAAGCCGGUGAGGGACCACCGAUUUAUGCCAAUGUCAGGACCACUGAGAAAUCUGUCCAGGAGUCUGUUGCACCUCUCAUACCUCCGGUGGGACUCAAGGCCAUUGUUCUCUCCGCUAAUACUGUUGUUUUGUACUGGAUUGAUAACUCUUUAUCCAAGAGUCAAUAUGUUACUGAUAACAGGCACUACGAGGUGCGAUACGCCCCGUACCACCCCAUGUCGUACAAUCCAAAGUACAAGUACUUCAACGCAUCUGAUCUAAACUGCAUGAUUGACGAUCUCAAGCCGAAUAUGCAGUACCAGUUUACAGUGAGGACAGUUAAAGGCAAGAGGCAAUCACCCUGGAGCAUGAUAGUGCUUAAUCAGACCCAGGAGGCAGCGCCGACGACUUCGCCGAGGGAUUUAGUGGUCCAGGGUAGUGAGGAGAGGCCAAGUUCAGUUGUCCUCAAGUGGCAGCCACCGAAGCAGCCAAAUGGCCAGAUCAUUGGAUACAUUCUCUCGUAUUCCACUGACAACACCAAGAGAGACAGGGACUGGCUGGUGGAUGGAAUCGUCGGGAACAGGACGGAGUACGUCGUCAAGGGCCUCAGGCCUGGUACAACGUACUAUUUCAAGAUGCAGGCGAGAAAUCUCAAGGGAUACGGCCCCUUCUCCUCGACGAUUACCUUCAAGACACUCCCCAGUAAUGGAAUGGAUUAUUAUGACGAAUUGCAUGAUCGAGAUGGAAAACAGUCUACAGUAUUUAUCUACGUUAUCGUGGGAUGUACGAUGAUGCUGCUGACGGUGAUAGCCAUCGUCGUGGGUUUUGUCUGCUGUAGACGCAGUCCAGACUCACCAGAUCGCAAGAAGGGCUACAUGAAGGAUCCAGCCCAGAAGACGAGCAUCAAGCCACCAGAUCUCUGGAUUCAUCACGAUCAGAUGGAGCUCAAGGCUCUGGAGAAGUCUUCCAUGAACGGUGAAGCAUGCACCAGUGGAGUUGUCAGUAAUACACUACCCAGGUCUGGCAAUUCCGAUUACAAUCAGGAGAAUGUUCCCGUCAAUUCCAGCUCUCUGGACAAACGAACAUACGUUCCAAGCUACAUGGGGGGCAUGGAUGAAAAGUGUUCGACCCUCAGCAGACAACACAGUCGUGGUAAAAAACUCAUUACAUUACCUGUUGAUGGGGGACCCUUGACACAUCCGAUAGCAACGGCAACGCCGAUAGUCAAUGGCAGUAUGUCCCAGCCGACGAUCCACAACUCCUGCACCGAUGGUCCAACGAGACCAACUUAUCCCAGGACUGUGGCCCAAUACAGUUUAAAUCGAGCGCACAUAACACUGGAGCCAACACCAGAAUCAUCUCCAGACUCAUCGAUGCCCAGUGCAUAUGAUCAGUUGAGCUCGUUGAACUACUCAACGGGUCCAUCGUACACAGCCAACAGUAAUUAUGCACCAGGUCAUUACGGAGGACGGGAGCAGUCGUCGGGUGUAUCAGGGAAUGUAGGGGGAACAGUCGGUGGCACAUGCACGUCCUCAUCGACUGGCGACAGUGGAAGUGUUAAACGCCUUCAGGGCCAUCCCCUGAAGAGCUUCAGUGUUCCCGCACCUCCGCCCCAGUCAGCUCCAUCGACUCCUCAGCAGAAGCAUGGGAUAUCUCAGGUGACAGUGAGACCGAGUAUAUCUGGGAGUCCUUACAAGAAGCAGCAAGGCGCCACCAGCCAGUUAAAAAAUCGACUGACAUCCGUCUCGUCAGCUUCUCACACACCCGAGGAAAUUGAGAGACUCAAGCCCUCGUACAGCACUGAGGAGCUCAACCAGGAGAUGGCUAAUCUGGAGGGACUCAUGAAGGAUCUCAAUGCCAUCACAGCAUCCGAGUUUGAGUGUUGAAAUGGCUUUUCUUUUCUAUCCAGAAGUGCCAUCGUCUUCGUUUUUUAUUGAUUUAUUUAAAACAUGAUCAGAUUACUCUGUCAACAGCUACAAACUGCCAUAUUUGAGACGAUCGAGAAAAGCUUUAUCGUUUUUCCCGAGUCGUUAUGACGUUUUAGGAAUUAACUCUCAAUUUUUUAUGAUUGAGGAUUUUAUGGAUAUAGGGAAUUUUAUAAAUAAUUUUUGAUUCACCGUUUUUCACGGUUUAUUCAGGUUUCAGGAAUUUCUUUUUUAAUGAUAAAUCAGGGGUGGGAGAUUCAGUCAGACUAGUAUUACGAUCUCAUUGGGAAAUACUGUUGUAGUCUAUUCGAUUUUUUUUAUACAUUUUUGUAUUUUGAGUUUAACUCAUUUUUUUUGGUUCUCUGGGAUUAUUUUUUAUUCUUUGAAAGUAGGGAUUUGAUACUUCGGAAUUUCAAAGGAAUUUCAAUGUCUGAGGGAUUUUAAUGCCUUUAAGAAAGUAAAACAGGAUUUUUAAUGGAGAGGAUGAUUUUUCCGGUGAUAAAAAGAGUAAUGAGUAUUAAAAAACUGCCAAGCAUAUCUAGAAAUCACAUUUUCUACUCGAGAAAACUUCUUCAAUGAAACUCUUCAAUUUUUCCAAUUCGAUUCGAAAGUUAUCGAGAGGCAAUUCAGUGGGAAAGUGGUAAAGUGAGGGAAUAAAAUCAUUCAUCAGAAUUUACAAUUGAAAAAUCGACGAGAGAAUGAAUAUUCUCUUUUAUGAAGAAAAAAGCCAGUGAUUUUUAAACAAUUUGAUGAUGAUCUCUCACUUUAACUCUUGACUACUAAAAAUUCCAGACUCUCUAAAAUUAAAAAUCCUCCCAGCGCCCCAUUUUCUACCGUUUUAUAAAUCCAGCAAUUCUAAAGAACAAUUGCUUAUAAUUUUGUCUGUUCACUAGACAAAAGCUUGUACAUUAUAUGUAACUGUAAUGACGAUUACGCGCAAAUGUAGGGAGUGAUUAUUGAAAAAUCGGGCAAAUGAAUGGGGAAAAAAGGUGAUUCUAUAAAUAACCGAGGCACAAGAAUUUUGCCCAUUUUUCAAUGCUCCAUAUUAAAAAAUAAAUAUAUAAGCCCAAGAAAAAAAAUUUGAUAUAACGUUGGCCUAUCUCCAAAGCCAUCGACCUAUUUUACCACGAAGUAAUUAAAUGACUAGCCUAGCUUCAUCGAUAACCAUAAAUAUUUGAUAUUAUUUAUUGAUAAAUGAUAGACGUAAGCAAUACCGAGUGAAUAAGAAUUUUUAAAUGCCAUGUAAAUACAAAAAACCGGUCUACACUUUUUACGAAAUGAUGUUUCAUAAUCAAUUUAUUUAUAUUGAAUUAACGUAAUGUGUAGAUUAUUUAAUGAUACCGUCAUUAUAUCUGUAAUAUAUUAAAAUUAGUGCGGCCAUCCAUGACGUUUUUUUUUUAUCGAAACUAUUACAAUCGAUCAAUAUUUCCUUGAUAAUGUGAAGCAUUUGUAACGAGUGUGAUAAUAUAUUUGUAAAACAUUGAUUUAUACAAUAAAUGUAUAUGAACCUUCCUUUGAAUUAUUUAAAUUUAUUCUUUCAACUGUUUUUUUUUCGUGAUUCGAUUACACAUGCACUUUAUGUUUCUCUCAUUAUUAUAAACAACCCAUUAACAUUGUAUUCAACAUCACGUGAGAUCAAAUACGUUGGAGAGACUAAACUCUCUGUAUAUUCUUUAUCAUUACAUUAAUUUUCUCUUAAUCACCUUUAUUCAUUCGAUUUAUUGGAAAUAAUAUCAAUGAAUAUUAAUGCACAAUCAUUUCGUCCUGAUUACUUCAGUUUUUUUUUAAACGUGUCCACUCGAAAUAUUCCGUGAAUAAUCAUUUAAUUUUAUGGUUGAAUUACUUUUAAUUCAUUAAUUAUUUAUUUCUCAUUGAUUGGUAUCGAUAUGUGCGCUGGGGAUUUGAUAUUUUCGUAUCGAUUAUUUCGUUAUGAGUCGUGUAAUGUUUUUCAUCGAGUGGAGACAUUAUUAUAUACAAUAUAUAUAAAUUAUAUAGGUCCUAGGGUUCAGUCGAGGGGUAAAAGAUCGAUUCUGUUAAAUUUUGAGAGGAAAAUGUCAAUUUUUUUACUUCCAAGGGGAAAUAUUCUCAAAAUUUCACACUUUCACCAAAAACAUGCCAGAAUUUAAUCUCCCCAAGAGACUACCCCUCUCCCAAUAAAUCAUUAAUUAAUAAAUCUUACAAAUAAUAAACCGUACAUAAUGAAUAAUUCACCAGACUGGCAGUACUAAAAUCGAUGGAAUACAAUAAUAAAAUCAGUGCUACAGCAUUCGACCUCAAAUCAAUAAA